AUGUCUGUUAGCGAUAACUCUACCCUGGAUGUGUCGCAUGACAAUGACGGUUUGGGUGGAUAUGCGUAUGGUACGGGAGACCUAGCAGUCAGUCCUGAAGAGGUCUCCCCCUAUGCAACCACGCAGAUGGUUUCACUGGAAGUCGGGCCAGAAGCGACCCGCUUCCUUGUCCACGACAGCGUCUUGAGCCGUAGCGAGGUUCUUGCCGCAAAGUCCUACCCUUUGGCCUUCGUGAAGCAGUCCGUACUUCUCCCGGAGCUGGAUCUGAACACAGCGCACACUUUGGUGCACUACUUGUAUACCGGCAAAUACCAGAGUCUCAACACACUGGCAUCGUCCGACAAGGUCAUCCCCGAAGUCUACAAGCUAGGAGCAGGUGUAUACUGUGCCGCCGCUCGCUACAAGCUACCCGGCCUUGCCGAGCUUGCCCAGAACAAGCUCAAGUCUCUAGACGAAGAGAUGAGCAUCUUCGAUAUCCUUACCGUAGCGAGAGACCAUGCGUUCCCUUUGCUACCGGAAGAUGAUUUGUGGUAUCCCAGUUAUGUUGAGCAGUCGCUCAACAAUGCCAUGGCGGACGAUCCAGAGCCUUUCCGAAAGCCGGACUUCAUCACGACGGUAGAGGGUAACAGCAGGCUUCUACAGCUCGUCUGGAAAACUGUGAUGAGUAACUAUGCCCGGGCGCCGGCUACACCGGUGGUCAAUAAUGAAGAGGCUUCCACUCCGACAGCUGAGGUCGUGCCGGAGCUGCAUGAGCCGGUUAGUGGUGAAGACGAUGUUUCUGUGACUGCGCCGACCAAGAAGGAAGAGGUAGAAGAACCCGCAACGAAACCGGUCUCGGCGCCUGCACCAAAGGAUGUCGUUGAUGAAGCACCAGUUUCAAACGACGCGAUCGUCUCGAAGCCCACUGAAGAAGUAGCUCCGAAGCUUGAAGAAGCUCAGGUAGAGCGAACGCCAGCAACGCUCGAGCCUUUCACCGACGAGCUGGACUUCAAGUCCUCAAAGACGUACCAGCAGAUGGGCAACAGGAAGCCAGAGCAAGUCAACACUAGUGAUGCCGCCCCAGAGACGAUCAAAACACCCGUUCAUGUACGUUCAGAUUCGGUGAUGCAGGUCGAGCAGCCAUUGGUGACACCUGUGGAUAAGGAGAUGAAGGCCGACGAUGCUGUGCAAGUGGAGGCUACGCCCGACAGAGCAGUGGCCGAUUUGGCCGAUUUGGAAGCUCUUGCAACCCAAGGAAAGAAGAAGAAGAGUAAGAAAGCCAAGAAGUCGAAGCAGGGUCUUGUCGAGUAG